GGGAUAAAGUGGUAGAAAAUUAGAGAGAGAAACAAUUUGAAUUUACUAAACUAGAAUAACUAGAGCCCUGUGUACUGUAUACCAAGCCUUGUGCAAUAGAGUUUGUCAUUUCCAUCUGAUCACAAAAAACAAAAAGCCUCCACUGCCUUUUAAAUGACUCACUAUAAAUGUAUUUGGUAUUGUAUUUAUGUUAUUAAUAUGUUUUAAAUGUAUGUUGUUGCUGUUGUUAUACAACAAAGUGCAACAAUUUAGAUUCCUUGAACCGUGAAAGGUUGACUGCAGAAUGACUUAAUGAUCUAACAUUGUUCCAACAUCUAAGUAUUGCCCAGCCAAACAGUCAAUUCACUAUAUUCACUAAACUAUAGGAAUGCUCAGACAGGCAUAUAUCAUUACAGUACUACAGUAACAGGAUAAAUCAGAGCAAAGUCAUGAGGGUAUUUUCUGAUAACAAAUUGCUCUUGCUAAUGUUGUACUGCUUUGAUUGAGAGAUCCCCUAUUGUGUGUUUCAAGAAAUACAUAAAUAACUUAGUUAGAAACAUGAUUCAGGCCCAGCCCUACAGCUUCUUCCUGAUAGGCGGUAUGCAAACAUAAACAACACUGCAAAGAGAUAAAAUGUGGUGAUAUUGUGAUGAGCCUGAACUUAGACAGGGAUGAACCAGGGCAAAGUCAUGAGGAUAUUUUUAGACACCAGUCUCCUCUCAUUAAUGUUGUUCUCCUGUUUUCCCUGUGCUGUGUCCUCCUCUCUUUAUUCCUCCUCUUGUCAGUUACAGGGACAGUUUAAUCUAAAUGGGAUGCACAAAACUGGAGAUGUGAUUCUAGGUGGACUUUUUGCAGUCAACUUAUUUUCUACUGAUCCUGACCUGGCUUUUACCUCAGAGCCACAGCUGCCCACCUGUUACAGUUUUGAUAUUAUAGGAUUCAGACAGGCUCAGACCAUGGCCUUUGCUAUUGAUGAGAUCAACAGAAACUCCAACCUGCUGCCUAAUGUGACUCUGGGAUACAGUCUGUAUGAUAACUGCGGCCAACUAGGAAUUGGAUUCCGUGCAGCACUGUCCUUAGUCAGUGGUCAAGAGAAGCAAGUUACAUUAGAGGAGAACUGUUUAGGAACUCCUCCAGUCCUAGGGAUUGUGGGUGAUUCUUCCUCCACACGUUCUAUUGCCAUAUCAUCAUUGUUAGGUUUGUACAGAGUGUCAAUGGUGAGUUAUUUUUCAACAUGUUCCUGCCUGAGUGAUCGACAAAAGUUUCCAUCUUUCUUUAGGACGAUCCCGAGUGAUGCUUUUCAGGUGAAUGCUAUGAUUCAGAUUUUAAAACGCUUUGGUUGGACUUGGGCAGGUCUGAUCAUCAGUGAUGAUGAUUAUGGAUUCCACGCUGCCCGAUCCUUUCACUCUGAUCUGGGUCCAGCUGGUGGAGGUUGUCUGGCUUACACAGAGAUUUUGCCCUGGGGUGACGACCCUGCUGAACUAAGGAGAAUAGUGGAUGUGAUGAGGAAAUCUACAGCUCGAGUGGUGAUUGUGUUUGCACAUGAGAGUCACAUGAUUAACCUCAUGAAAGAGCUGGUGAGGCAGAAUGUGACAGGCCUGCAGUGGAUUGCCAGUGAAGCCUGGACAUUAGCUGAUGUGCUCCAGACCCCAUACUUCAUGCCGUACCUGGGUGGAACACUGGGCAUCUCCAUUCGUCGAGGAGAAAUACCAGGACUCAGGGACUUUCUGUUACAAAUACAUCCUGACCUACAUCACAACAACACAGAUGGAAACAGCAUGGUGAAUCAGUUUUGGGAACACACAUUUCAGUGUAGAUUUGCACCACCUCCAGCAGGUUGGGUGGAAGCUGGAGGAGAAUUAUGCACUGGACAGGAAGUUAUAGAGAAUGUGGAGAAUGAAUUGGUGGAUGUUUCAAACCUCAGGCCAGAGUAUAAUGUGUAUAAGGCUGUGUACGCUCUGGUGUAUGCUCUUGAUGACAUGCUGCAGUGUGAGCCAGGGAGAGGACCUUUCAGCAACAACACCUGUGCUCAUUUACAAAGACUGGAGCCAUGGCAGCAUGUGCAUUACUUGGAAAAAGUCAACUUCACCACAACAUUUGGUGAUCAAGUGUCAUUUGAUGAAAAUGGUGAUUCCUUACCAAUAUAUGACAUCAUAAACUGGGUGUGGCUCCCUGAUGGAAGACCUAAAAUUCAGAGAGUGGGUGAGGUUAAGAGGUCAGCCUUCAAAGGUGAAGAACUCACACUGGAUGAAGACAAAAUCUUCUGGAACUUUGAAUCCAAACAGCCUCCUCGGUCAGUGUGCAGUGAGAGCUGUCCUCCAGGUACCCGCAUGGCCAGAAAGAAAGGAGAACCUGAGUGUUGUUUUGAUUGUGUCCCUUGUUCUGAGGGAAAGAUCAGCAAUACAACUGACUCCAUGGAGUGCACCAGUUGUCCAGAAGAUUUCUGGUCCAGCCCCCAGCGUGACCAUUGUGUUCCUAAGAAAACAGAGUUCCUCUCCUACCAUGAGCCUCUGGGUAUCUGCUUGACAACCACCUCACUGUUGGGCACAUGUAUCUGUGUUGUUGUUCUGGGCAUCUUCAUCCAUCAUCACAGCACACCUAUAGUUCGUGCCAACAAUUCAGAACUCAGUUUUCUGCUCUUGUUGUCACUCAAAUUGUGUUUCUUGUGUUCAUUGCUCUUCAUUGGACGACCCAGAUUAUGGACUUGCCAACUAAGACAUGCAGCAUUUGGCAUCAGCUUUGUGCUUUGUGUCUCAUGUAUCCUGGUGAAAACCAUGGUGGUUCUGGCUGUGUUCAGGGCCUCCAAACCAGGAGGUGAGUCCAGUCUUAAGUGGUUUGGUGCUGUACAGCAGAGAGGGACAGUUCUGGUUCUGACUUCUGUUCAAGCAGCAAUCUGCACUGUCUGGCUUGUCACUGCUUCACCAGUGCCUCAUAAAAACACCCAGUAUCACAGUGACAAGAUAGUUUAUGAGUGUGUAGUUGGGUCCACAGUUGGUUUUGCAGUUUUACUUGGUUAUAUUGGUUUACUGGCUGUCCUCAGUUUCUUGUUAGCUUUUCUAGCAAGGAAUCUUCCAGACAGUUUCAAUGAGGCCAAACUCAUCACUUUCAGCAUGCUGAUCUUCUGUGCAGUGUGGGUGGCCUUUGUCCCUGCUUACAUUAACUCUCCAGGCAAAUAUGCAGAUGCAGUGGAGGUAUUUGCCAUCCUGGCCUCCAGUUUUGGCCUCUUGGUGGCGCUGUUUGGACCCAAGUGUUACAUGAUGCUGUUGAGACCGGAAAGAAACACAAAGAAAGCGAUCAUGGGUCGAAGCACGACAAAGUAAAACUCUCAGCACUGCUGUUUCUUUAUAUAUCCUCUGUAAUUUGGAAUUUACAAACAGUAAACAUGUUAAUUAAAAAAAUUAAUAAAUAAUAAUAAUUAGAUAAUUCUGUUUUAUUUUUCUCUCAAUCUUCAAUCUUGUUAAUUAAUGUAAUUUUAACAAGUUAAUAGUUACAAAGGUAACUUUUAAGAUUAUUUUUCAUCAUUAUUUAGCCGUGCUAUCCCAAUGAGAUCAAUGAUACCUGCAAAAAUGAUUGCCCACAAAUUAAAAUAGGCUUGUAUUUCCUUAAUGAGGUCCAGUGGAACAUUACCAACUUCCCAACAUAGGCCCAAAGACUUGGCUUGCUGCAGUUAAUCACAUUAGCUGUGUGCUGACUCUGUCCUCAGACAGGACAGACAUAUCAACAGGCUCAAUAGAUGCUACCACCCUAACCCUCACAUGCUUCAGGAAAUGAUGAUAGGCUGCACCCUGAUGUGGAGGUUGUAGUGUAUAUGUUGGAUUUUUGUUAAUUCACUUCUUCACAGCCAACCAUAUAUGCAUUGUAAGUUCAUGUUUAGGUUAACUUUAUUGUCCCCAAGGAGAAAUUUGUGGUGCAGAAAGGCUUCACAUCCACCCCAUGGACUGCAACCUUGUCAUGGUGGAGAGGCUUGUGAUCUCGAGAGAUCCUGCUCACCUCAAUAAGGCUCAAGGCGACGGUCGUCGUUUUCCACAGAUGCCAUGAUGAUGUAAGAUGUUUCCAUUUUACAUUAAUGUAAAAAGGAAACUUGCUACAAGGAAACUUGGCUGCAUCCCUAGUUAUAUUGUUGUUGCCAAUAAAGAUGUUUCUUGUUCAUGUGUUCCCCCA